CACUGCCCCAUGUGGGGCUGUCCUGUCACUGGCUGUCUGGCACCCAGCAGGCAUGUGGCUGUGUACUCUCCUUCCUGUUCUGUUUUGCUGUCUCUCUGGGUCUGCCUUUUCUGCACCAAGAGCCUGGCUGUUGCCGAGUCAGAGGCCUCGCUUUGAUCGUCCUGGAGAUGUAAUAGUGGGGGCCAGUUUCUCCAUCUUUGACCUCUCUAUUGGUAUCCUGUCUGACUUCACUGCCCCACCAUCUGGGCUUCUGGUUUCAAGAGUUUCCAACUGGGGCUACCGGGUGGCCCAGAGUUUCGUCUUUGCCAUCGAGGAGAUUAAUAGGAGUGCUCACUUGUUGCCCAAUGUGACCCUGGGCUUCUCUAUUCGAAACUCUGGGGACACAGUGCAUGGAGCCCUCCAUGAGACAAUGAGCUUUCUCACGAGGCAGGAGGAGCCCAUCCCCAACUACACAUGCCAGCAUGGGUCUCCUCAGGCUGCAUUGGUUGGGGACACGCGGUCAUCCCUGUCUGUCUCCAUGGCCAGACUUCUGGGACUGUACAAGUUUCCCCAGGUCAGUUAUGGGUCCUCAUUACCCAUCCUCAGUGACAAGAUCCAGUUCCCAUCUUUCCUGCGGACCCUGACUAGUGACCUCACAUCCUCUCUUGCAGUGACCCAGCUGAUAAUUCAAUUUCAGUGGUCCUGGGUGAUCAUUCUGGCCCAUGAUGAUGAUUUUGGGCAGCAGGCCAGCUCUCUGGCCACUCAGGAGCUGAGCCAAGCUGGUGUGUGCAUUGAGUACACCCUCCAUGUUCCUUCUCAUGAGUCCUUGGGGAAGAUUGAAGAGAUUGUCCAGAAGAUGCAAAAAUCCACAGCCAGGGUUGUUCUGGUUUUCCUAAGCAAUGCAAAUUUCCAGCUCAUCCUGUAUGGCUUACUGGAUGUCCCUGUCUCAGGCCAGGUCUGGGUCAGCAAGGACACUCUGCACAUGGCACUGGCACUAAACAUUCCAGGCAUUACCCAGGUAUUGCACAGCACAUUUGGCCUUCUGUAUCACAGCAGCAGGGCAAUUGGCUUCCCUGAGUUCCUUGCUCACCUGCGGCCCAGCCAGACCCCAGAAGACAUGUUUAUAAAGAAGUUCUGGGAGUUCACCUUUGAUUGUACAUGGCCCCACCAGAGCAGCACAAUGACAGAUGCUAUCCAGUUGUGCUCAGGGAAUGAGAGUCUGAAAAACCAGCAGUAUGCUCUCCCAGAAGUGAGUAAAAUCGAUGUUGCUUACACAGCUGUCUACAGCAUUGCUCAUGCCCUGCAAGACAUGAUAACCCAUGGGCACCAGCAUGGGAAAGUUACAGACUCUCAGGACUUCCAGCCAUGGCAGCUGCUUCUUGCCCUCAGGAAGGUGCACUUCAAGACUCCUGAUGGAAUCAAGAUUAUGUUUGAUGCCAAUGGAGAUUUGGUGACAAAAUUUGACAUUUUCCAAGGGCAGAAGACCCCUGAGGGUGCAUUUCACUUGGUUCAUGUGGGCUUGAUAGAUCCUCAGAUCUCUUUGGGGAGCAAAAUGAUGGUCCAUUUGAAGGAGGAUCUUCAAGUGAGUUGCCUGACUGCAGUGAUAAGUCUUGUUCCCACCUCUGUCUGCAGUGAAAGCUGCCUUCCAGGGUUCAGCCAAGUGCCCAGGCUGGGAGCCCCACACUGCUGUUUUGAUUGCAGUCCCUGCCCUGAGGGACAGUUUGCAGACCAAAGAGACAUGAAGAGCUGUCUUCUGUGCCCCAAGGAGCAGUACUCAAGCCACAUGAGAGACCGUUGCCUGCCCAGGACAGAGAUCUUCCUGGCCUUUGAGGAACCUCUGGGAUUCAUGCUGGCUUUUGUGGCACUGUUCCUGGCUGGUCUGGCUGUCCUAGUUCUGGGAGUGUUCCUGAAGCACAGAGACAGCCCUGUGGUCAGGGCGAACAACAGAAGUCUCAGCUACUUACUCCUGCUCUCUCUUUGCCUCUGUGCCUUGUGUGCCUUGCUGUUCCUUGGGCGACCCAGUGUCUUGACAUGCCUCCUACGACAGACCACCUUUGCUGUGGUGUUCACGGUGGCUGUGUCCUCUGUUUUGGCCAAGACUCUCACAGUGGUCCUGGCCUUCAGGGUCACCAGGCCAGGGGACAGGAUCCGGGUAUGCCUGAGCCCUGGGGCUUCCACCUCUGUGGUCCUUAUUGCUUCCUUCAUGCAGGUUGUUCUUUGUGGGGUCUGGCUGGCCACCUCCCCACCAUUCCCAGACAGGGAUAUGGUCUCGGAGCCCCAGCACAUUGUCAUCCAGUGCCAGGAGGGUUCUGGCACCAUCUUCUUCUGUGUGCUGGGCUACUUGGGUUUCCUGGCAGUGGGUACCUUCUCUGUGGCCUUUCUGGCCAGGGGCCUGCCAGAUGUCUUCAAUGAGACUAAGUUCCUGACCUUCAGUAUGCUGCUCUUCUGCAGUGUCUGGACAGCCUUCCUGCCCCUGUAUCACAGUGCUCGGGGCAAGUCCACUGUGGCUGUAGAGAUCUUCUCCAUCCUGGCUUCCACUGCUGGCCUUCUGGGUGGCAUCUUCAUCCCCAAGUGCUACAUCAUCUUGCUGAAACCAGAGAGGAACACUGCUGCCUGGCUCAGGCAAGGCCACCAGGCACAGCAGGAGAGGCAGAGUGAGAUGCUCCAGACAAGGUGUGUCCCCAGAUCCACACCACAAACCUUUAUGACCUAUUCCUUUCGGAAGUCACCAGGACCACUCUUGUGAUUUUGUCUCACUGUUUUUGUGUAGAUCAAAAG